GCACCAGCACCGUCAUUCACGUCAAUGGGCGGCUUUCUCUGACGCUCGGUAUUCUAUUGCGGGCAGUUUGUGUGAGACUGAGAGCUGGUGGAUGUCCGUGAUGGCAGUGCUGCUUUCACCGGGGAGGAGAGAAGCUCGGAUCUGGCUUCUAUCUGUGCUGCUCAGAGUCUGCAUUGUAUUUGGGUCCAGUAAAGCUGAGGAGGAAGAUUAUGAAGACAUUCCAAUAAAUAAAACUUGGGUUUUAUCACCAAAGGUUUAUGACAGUGAUGUCACCUUGAUUCUGAAUAAACUACUACAGGGCUAUGACAACAAACUGCGACCAGAUAUUGGAGGCAAACCCACUGUGAUUGAGACGGCCGUGUACGUGAACAGCAUCGGCCCAGUGGAUCCAAUCAAUAUGGAGUACACUAUAGACAUCUUCUUUGCUCAGACGUGGUAUGACAGUCGGCUUAAGUUCAACAGCACCAUAAAGAUUCUCAUGCUGAACAGUAAUAUGGUGGGAAAGAUCUGGAUCCCUGACACAUUUUUCCGCAACUCACGCAAAUCCGAUGCGCACUGGAUUACAACACCCAACCGGCUCCUGCGCAUUUGGGGCAAUGGACGAGUGAUGUACACUCUGAGGUUGACUAUUAAUGCGGAAUGCUACCUUAAGCUGCAUAACUUUCCUAUGGAUGAACAUUCGUGUCCGCUGGAGUUUUCAAGCUAUGGGUAUCCAAAGAAUGAGAUCCAGUAUAGAUGGCAGCGACGUGCUGUUGAGGUAGCAGACCAGCGAUACUGGAGACUGUACCAGUUUGCCUUUGUUGGUAUGCGGAACACUUCUGAUGUGGUACACACCCAGUCUGGGGAAUAUGUGACUAUGACGAUCUUUUUUGACCUGAGUCGGAGAAUGGGCUAUUUCACCAUUCAGACCUACAUCCCCUGCAGCAUGAUUGUAGUGUUGUCCUGGGUUUCCUUCUGGAUUAACAAAGAUGCUGUUCCUGCAAGAACAUCAUUAGGUAUCACGACUGUACUCACAAUGACAACUCUAAGCACCAUAUCCAGAAAGUCACUACCGAAGGUAUCAUACGUGACAGCCAUGGAUCUGUUUGUGUCUGUCUGUUUUAUUUUCACCUUUGCUGCACUAAUGGAGUAUGGAACAUUGCACUACUUUACCAGUAACCGGCAAAACAAGAAGACCAAGACCAGCAGUGCACAGAAAUCAAGCAUGAUGAACCUCAGACCAGGAACAUCUUUACUCCAGAUGAACAACAUCGCACCCUACCACAAUGAUGAUGAUUACAUCUAUGAGUGUUUGGAUGGAAAAGAUUGUAUUAGUUUUUUCUGUUGCUUUGAUGACUGUCGCUCAGGGGCGUGGCGUGAAAACCGGAUGCAUGUUCAUGUGUCCAAAAUUGACUCCUACUCUCGAAUAUUUUUUCCAACAGCUUUUGGGCUCUUCAACCUUGUCUACUGGAUUGGAUAUCUGUAUCUAUAA